AUGACCGAUGGCAAUGGCGGAGGAGGUAAUAGCGAGACCGACAUUAUCGGUAGCGCAUCAGAGAUCAUCAAAGAUCGUUUUUACUUUGCAACACUGCGUGUAAGACCAAAAUCAACAGCUCGGACACACUACUUUUCUAUCGACGACGAAUUCAUCUAUGAAAACUUCUAUUCCGAUUUUGGACCUCUUAACUUAGCAGUUGUUUAUCAAUAUUGCACAAAACUAAAUAAAAAAUUAAAUAGUCCCAGUCUCGCGCACAAACGCAUCAUUCAUUAUACGAAAUUCGAACCAAAGAAACGUGCCAAUGCUGCAUUUCUAGUUGCUGUUUAUUCAAUUAUUCAUCUUAAACGAACACCAGAAGAAGCGUACAAGCCAUUAAUCAGUGGUAUUAAUUCGGCACAUCCAUUCCUUCCAUUUCGAGAUGCAUCACUUGGUUCUUCUUCGUAUAAUCUAACAUUACUCGAUACUUUACAAGGUCUUCAUAAGGCAAUACUUCAUGGAUUUUUUGAUUUUGAAAACUUCGACCUUGAUGAAUAUGAACAUUAUGAAAAAGUCGAAAAUGGUGACUUGAAUUGGAUUGUUCCUCGUAAGCUAUUGGCUUUCUCGGGGCCGCAUUCGAAAAGCAAAAUCGAAAACGGUUAUCCGUUACAUGCACCAGAAGCUUAUUUUACGUAUUUUCGAAAGCGUAAUGUUACGACUAUUGUGCGGUUGAAUAGGAAAAUUUACGAUGCCAAGCGAUUUCUCGAUGCUGGCUUUGAACAUUACGAUUUGUUUUUCUCCGAUGGAAGUACCCCGAGUGAUGCAAUAACGUUGAAAUUUCUGGCGAUCGUCGAACAAGCCAAAGGUGCAGUUGCUGUUCAUUGUAAAGCGGGUCUUGGCCGAACGGGCACAUUAAUUGGAGCGUAUUUGAUGAAACAUCAUAAAUUUACAGCUGCUGAAGUAAUUGCCUGGUUGAGAAUAUGUCGGCCUGGCUCUGUAAUUGGCCCACAGCAAAAUUACCUCGAAGAGAAACAAGCAUGGCUUUGGUCAUUGGGUGACACUUAUCGAUCAAGAGAACGGACACGUUACAUCACAGGUUACGCGGGUCCUUCAACGAUGGAUAUCGGCAACUCGAGUUCACAUCGAUAUUUAGUUGGCAACGUUGUUGGAGAUAACAAUAAUAUUGAAGAAGAAAAUGAAGAUGAAAUAACUCAGGGCGACAGAUUAAAUGAAAUCAAAGCACGUCGUAUACAACAACAACAGCAGCAGCAGCAACAACAACAACAACCGCAUCCAAAUCUUAUAUGUAAAUAUUGCAUUAAAACUUAUACUUCAUUAUCGGCGCUAAACAAACAUCUGAAAAGUCAUCAGUCACGUAUGAAUAAUCCGCCAAAUGGGAAUGGUAGUCAAUCAUUAAUGAUAUGUAAUAAAUGUAUUAAUAAAAAAUUUAUAACAAAAAAAGCAUUACAAUUACAUCAAAUUCGAACACAUAACAACAAUAGUAGUACUACUAUUAACAAUAGGUACUUGAGACAGAUUGCAUACGCAUGGAUCGAUCCUCGGAAGUAUGAUCCCUCAACGCCAUUUCAACACGUACGCCCGGCAAUUACUGCUCCCGUUAACAUUCCUGUACAAGAUUUAUCGUCAGCUGGCCUUCGUCAUUUCUAUACACCUAUUGCGGCAGCUCCAUCCAGCGCUCUCCUAUCGGCAGCGACUCGGAAACCUCGUUCAUACAUCUCAUCAGCAGCUUCGAUGAUGAAAACUCCAAUUUAUCCAACCGGUCGUUAUUUAACUGCGGCGGUUAACAACACGGGCGCCACAUUAACGAUCUCGGACAGUGAUAAUCGCGAACAAGUUUCCGGCGUUUUCUUCCGGGCUAUUCAACGUGGCAAAUCUACAAUGGGAAGCAACGCUUCGAUCAUCCCGACACAUUCCUAUUACACAAGAUCAAAAUCGUCGUAUUCCAAGUAUUAA